AUGCCUCGAAUGGAGGUGAUCAGGAGAAGUUUCAUAGCACAAACAAAACUGAGAGGAGGAGUUAAAAUAGCCCAUUUCAAUGCGCGUACAGUUUACAUUGAUCUAGACAAUAAGUACGAUCACACAACUGUCUGGAAAAAAACCUUCAUGUACAUACAAGGUCAAAGAAUGGAACUACAAGCUUGGACACCCAACUUCAACCCGAAUGAGGAUAACCCAAUUGUUCCUGUUUGGAUAGUCAUUCCUAAAUUACCAUGGUAUUUUUACUACAUGGAGGCCCUAUCUGUACUGUUAUCUCCUAUUGGGAAGGUAUUGCAUCUCGACCUAGCCUCUAUGCAGAAAACAAGAGGAAGUGUAGCUAAAGUUAAAAUGCAGGUUGACUUGACUCAACUCAGGCCUCAUCAUGUUUGGCUAGGUUUUGAUGAAGAUCAGGAUGUCAAUGGGGAUGGACAGUGGCUAGAAGUGGUAUAUGAGGAUCUCCCAACAUAUUACUCACACUGCAAGCACUUAGGACAUGAAGACUACUCAUGCCCUAUUCGAGAAAGAGAAGAAGAAGACAAGAAAAAAGUAGCUACUGAAACCCCACAAAAUAAAACCAAACAGAUAUCAAACAAUACUUAA